CUGUCAUUGGUUCAAGAAAAUAAUUUUAAAAAAGUAUGUAAAUAGUAAUAUAAUUUUAAAACAAAAAUUAUGCUUUAACUAAAGACGUAUAAUAAUAACACUAUAAUUCCAAUAAGUUAAUUUCUAAUUCCAUUAUGUAUUGCAGAUUUAAAAUACGAUGUCUAGUUGGAAUGCUGAGUAGGUCUUUGAGCUCUGCAGAGGUGUCCACUGCAUUAAGGCCAUUCUAUUUUAGUGUACAUCCCGACUUAUUUGGAAAAUAUCCAGAACAAAGAAAAAUAAAUGAGAACUCAUUGCAAUUACUAAGUGCUUUAAUAGAAGCUCAGCAAUCUAGUAAAAGCAUGGCUGUACCCGUUCUGCCAUUCUAUUUAAGACAGAAAGAUAUGCCAGAAGGUAAUUUUAAAUUAGUACAAAUUCAUCUAAAUAGCAAAAAUGUUAGGGAAACAGUAGUUAAAGUUUUAAGUGCCUGUAAUAUAUCAACUCAUUAUGUGGAUAAAAUACCAAGGAGUUCAACUAAGUCUGAUAGCAGUAAAAUUGAUUUUACCAGAGCAUAUGAAGAAUACAAUAGGGACUUUCAAAAAGCCACAGAUAUGAAACGAAAAGUAGAAAAAAAGAGAGCAAUCACUAAUAUCAUAGAUUGGGUGUAUGAAAACAGUGACGAUGCUAAAGAGAAAUAUGAAAUGACAAGAGCGACAAGAAAUCAAGUAAAAACUCUCAUAGAAAAUCUCUGCAAAACAUAUGGUAUAAAAGAAGUUAAAUAUGACAGUGGAUGGAAUAUAAGUCACAUAAGAGGAGCACUUCAAAGUCUCACAGCAAUGGCAUCUCAGUAUUCGAAAUACAUGGGCAAUUUAAAAGGCAGAACAAUUGCAUUAGGUCAAUUUACGGGUGUCAGCUUAGAUGGAGAUGUUUUCCUUAAUAUUAUUGAUGUUAGAAAUGAAUGGCUAUCACUCAUUAAAAAAGUCAGUCAAGAAGACACUGCCUUAACAGAGAUUCCCAAUUACGAAAGGGCUCUUUCUAGUAUACUUAGAGAUAUACACAUUUGUAGAAGAAAAUUCAUGCCCAAAGUAUCAGCAGCUCAAUACUGCAGCCAUCUUAGGCAAUUGAUUACGUCUAUUGGGGAUUUUUAUGGUAAUGGAAAGAAAAUUCCAGAAUCUGUACCCGAAUCUCUAGAUAAAUAUGAAAUAGUUGUUGAACCUGAAGCAGGACCUCUGAUGGUUUCGCCUACAGGUCAGUUCAUAACGCCUUCGUCCUGUCCUGCAGAUGAACUUAUACCAUUUAUCGCUAAACAUCUUGAUGAGGCUACUUUACUUCUCACAGAAUAUAGCAUAAAUAAGCAUAUAGAAAAGGCAUUAUGCAAAGAGGUUAAGGAAAGAUAUGGUCUAUUAGAACUUCAUAAAGACGACAGCAUAACCCCAGGCCUCAUGAUUCUUUGUUGCCAAAGACUUCUUACUCGAAUUGACAAACUCGAAAUGAAAUUGCGUGGAAAUAUUAUUUAUGUGACCCACUACUAUUCAGUGUUGACCGAAGGCGUGUUAUGCAUACCGUGGAACUUUAAAUAAAUAGUCGAAUACAUAAGUUUAAACAUAGUCCAAGACAAUACAGAGAAGAUAAAAUGAAUUUAUUCACAGAAUAAACAAAAUGAAAUAUUCUACAAAAAAAAUGUAUUUUAUUAAAAUUUUAUCGUAGAAGUCAAUAGUCUUAGUAAAUAUGAUAAAGUGGUAAUAAAUAAUUAAAAUUCCCUAAAAUAUAACAUAGAAUUUGAUUAAUAUAUUUUUCAGUUUAUUUAUUUAAAAGUACCUAUUAUAUUUAUUAGACACGAUAAAUCUAAAUGAUGAUAUAAAAUAUAACCGUGAAACGAAUUUUUAAUCAUUGCAUUGUAUUUAUACAUAAUACAUAUAGACAACAUAACAUUACAUAUGAGAUUUACACAAUAUCGAAGGAAAAUUCAUCAGCAUUGGGAAUGACUUAACGAGAAAUCCAGAUACUAAAUACUCAUUUCAGAGCCUGUUAGAGGGGAUUAUUUAAUGAAUUGUAAUUAAUAAUUCACACAUUAUUAAAUGAUGUUGACACAUUGUUCAUGUUACGAAUAACGGUAACAGUUAUGAGAUAUUAAUUUCAAUGUACAUUAUUAAGUAAGGGAACUUAGGGUGUUAUAUUAAUGUAAAAUAUAUGAAUAAACAUUUUUAUUGAAAGACUUUUGUUAUAAUAAAAUUAUCAUCUACAGUCUACUAAGGAACAUGCAGAAUUCUAUAUUGUAAAAUAUUAAAACAUGACCUAGAACUUAAUUCCUAUGUGCAAAAAUUUACAAGGAAAUUAUUGAUAUUUAUACAAGAGAUAUAUACUUAAAAAUUAUACGAAAUAAUUCUAAAGCCGAAUUUUAAGUAACUUGAGAUCAUUUAUAAUCUCCACGUUUUAUAAAUUAACGGUUU